UUUUGUAAACCUUGAUGAGUUACUUUCCAAAUUUUGUCGCAUCUUCGUCGAACAUUUAAAAAUUUUGAAUUCUUCGAUUGUGUCAUGGCGAAAAUACUUGUAGCAAUUUGUGUGGUUCUAGUGUUUUGGAUUCAAAUUGUUUCAGCUUUGCAAUGUCUGUUCUGUACAUCCAAAGAAGUAGAUAGUGAAUGCCGUUUGGGCGAAAGAAAAUUUAAACCCAAGAUGGCCGAAUGCUCUGGACCUUAUGCUAAAUGUUAUGCUCUAGCUUUCAAUGACCAUAACGAACCCUACGUUAGAGGCUGCACCACAGAAGCAGACUUUUGUCAGACUAAAACUGGAUCGCAAUUCUGUAAAGUUUGCGGUUCGAAGUUUUGCAAUUUCUGGGUAAUGAGCAUACCGGGUCUUCCUGACAGAGAGGUGGAGGUUAAUACAUUGCCAUAUCGAAAGCGUGGUAGAAGCAGGAAAACAAUUAGAAGACAGCAGGUUAAUAAUACUAUCGAUGAAUAACUCAUUAUAAAUUAUAAUAGUUAAACUGUAAGUAAAUAUUAGAAUGUAAUGUAAUUUCCUAUGAAAUAAUAAAAUAUUGUUGGAAUAAAAAAUUAAACCAUA